AUGUCGGGACGUCAACACAAAGUGAUGGUCCAACCCAUCAAUGUUAUCUUCCGACAUCUGCAGCAACAAACCCGUGUGUCGCUUUGGCUCUACGACAAUUUGGAAUACCGCAUUGAGGGAAAAAUUAUUGGUUUUGAUGAAUUCAUGAAUGUGACUCUCCAAGAGGCUGAAGAAGUGCCAUGUGGUCCGGGGCGGGAGCGCAAGUCGCUAGGUCGCAUUUUGUUGAAGGGUGACAACAUUACUCUCAUCCAGCCAGCAAUGUAG